AUGUAUGGAAUAAACCAGCGCUGCAUUUACAUAUCAUUUAAUUUUUUCGUGCUGUGGUGUCAUGCUCAGGGGGAGAAUCACCCGUCUCCUAAUUUUAACCAGUAUGUGAGGACGCAGGGCGCAGUGACGGACCAGCUCAGCCGCAGGCAGGUCAGGGUUUACCAGCUCUACAGUCGCACCAGCGGGAAACACGUCCAGAUUCAGGGCAAAAGGGUCACCGCCACAGCUGAGGAUGGAAAUAUGUUCGCUCGUCUUUUCGUGGAGACGGAUACCUUUGGCAGUCGAGUGAGAAUCAGAGGUGCAGAAAGUGGGCGCUACCUCUGCAUGAACCGGAAGGGAAAACUUGUUGGAAAGCCCAACGGCCGGAGCAGGGAUUGUAUCUUCACUGAGAUCGUACUGGAGAACAAUUACACAGCCUUCCAGAAUGCCAAGUAUGAGGGCCGGUAUGUGGCUUUUACCAGGAAAGGGAGGCCCAUCAAAGCCUCCAGGACGAGGGAGAACCAGAGGGAGGUCCAUUUCAUCAAGAGGCUGCACACGGGCCCGCCUCCCUUCCCCAACACGGACCAAAGCAAACACUUUGAGUUCAUCCGAUUUCCGGCCAUACGGCGAGCAAAGCGGAACAGGAAAUCACAUACCUCUUCCUAACAUG